UGGCCAUGGAUGGUGAUGCAUUUGUUGCAUUAAAUAGAAAUUUUUAGAAUUAGCUGUCAAGUACUGAUCUAUCAAGAAAGACAAUAAACAUCACCCAAAAAUAAUUCAAAUAUGGGCAUAAAAAUAUAUAUAAGUGGAAUCUCUGGGAACAAAGAGGUUCGGGUGUUUACUACCUGUUUGUUAUGAAGGUUAAAAAAAGGCAACAGCGAGUUUUAAUGAUACUUGACUCCAAAAAUAUUAAAUACGAAGUUGUCGAUAUUGCGGAACCCGGCAAUGAGGACCCCAAAGAGUUUAUGCAAAAUAACGCAAAGUCUUUCGGUGCGACCAUCGGAGAUGCCAAUCCUCGACACCCUUUACCACCACAAAUCUUCAAUGACGAAGAUUAUUGCGGGGACUACGAUCAAUUUGAUCUGUCAAAUGAAAUUGAUGAAAUCGAGAAGUUUUUGAAAUUACCAUCUGUUCAUACAGAUAAGACAAUCGAGUCGCACGCCGAAAUAAAACUCGGUAAUGGUGAGAUCACACACGAUCCAAAGGAUACUCCAAAAGAAGCUACGGAAGAGCAGAAGUCUGAAGAACCAAAAGCUGAAGAAGUGAAGACUGAAGAUGUUCCAGUAGAGGAUAACGUUGACGAACACAAUUCAAGUGAAGCGGCACAAGGUGAGGUCAAUGAGAAAAAUGAAAAAGAAUCAGAGGAAAACAAAAAAGAAGUUGAGAAAAACGAAGAACCUGAGAAAAACAAAGAAGAACCCGAGGUAAACAAAGAAGAAACUGAGAAAAACAAAGAAGAACCUGAGGAAAACGAAGAAGUGGAGAAAAUCAAAGAAGAACCUGAAAAACACGAAGUGGACAAUGCCAAAGUCGAAUCGGAGUCGAAGGAGAAAUCGGAGGAUGGCAAUGAACUUUCAGAAACCGCGGCAGAGGCAUAAUUUAUUUAUCAGAAAGAAAAUAUUCGCUUUCAUAAACAUAUAAUCAAAAUUAUCGCCAAAUUUAAUUUAUACUUUGAAUUUUAGGUUGCGAAGUUAUCACAAAUUAUCAUUCAUUUUAUUAUUCACAAAGACAUUUUGUACAUACGUAAGGGUUAUAUAUGAUGCUAUUAUAUAAAUUUCAAAUAUAAAUCUUAUAUUUUUUAACCUUUCUA